AUGAGUGAAGACAAUAAGCAAUGGACUCACCGUUGCUCGGAAUCAUCUCAAGAAACGGAAGAAUGUAGCCCUGGAACUUCUCUAGUGCAACCUGGGAUAUCAAACUCAAAAGCAAUACGGCGAAAAUAUCUUCGUGCUGUAUUUAAAAAUGGCGAAUUCAAUAUCCACAAGACACCAACAAAAGUUUUUAAGUUAUUCUCAAAUUACUUCAUGCUACUAGUGGAAGCAAGGUGGAGAUGGACCCUUCUGAACUUCUUCACAGCGUUUACUUGUAACUGGUUAUUCUUCGGUAUUAUUUACUGGAUAAUUUCUUACAACCAUGGGGAUUUUAACGAGGAUCAUCUGCCUCCUAAUCAAAAUAUCACAGGAUUCACGCCAUGCAUCAAAAACGUUUACGGAUUUACAUCAACAUUCUUGUUUAGCGUCGAAGUACACACGACAGUCGCUUACGGCCGAAGAGCCAUCACACUCGAAUGUCCAGACACAAUCACAGCAAUGUGUUUUCAAUGUAUUGUGAGUAAUAUAUUCCAAUCAAUUAUGAUUGGAAUACUUUUUGCAAAACUAACACGACCAAGAGCAAGAACUCAAACUAUCCUUUUCAGUAAGAAUAUAAUUGUGAAUAUUAGAAAUGAAAAAUUUUGUCUGAUUUUCCGUGUAGGUGACAUGAGAAAAUCGAGGAUACUCAACAUAGAACCAAAAGCAUACGUUUUGAAAUUCAACACUGAUUCUAAUGUACUGGACGGUUCAGAACAAAUUGAAUUAAAGUUGAAUAUCGAUGAAUGUGAGUCGAUCUUCUUCUUAUGGCCUGUAACAGUGGUGCACGUCAUAGAUGAAAAAAGCCCUUUUUAUGGAUUAUCAGCAGCUGAUCUCCUUUGCACGAAAUUGGAAAUUCUUGUUCUAUUCGAAGGCAUAAUUGAAUCUACCGGUCAGCCUGUCCAAGCAAGGUCUAGCUUUACUGAGCUUGACAUAUUAUGGGGACAUAGAUUUGUACCUAUGGUUGGAUACAAUUUUAAAAAAAUGUUAUAUGAUGUUGAUUUUUCCAAAUUGUCUGAAGUUCAACAAGUAGAUACGCCACUUUGUUCCCCAAAUGAGUAUGAACAUUUUUUAUCGAUGUUUCAAAGUGAAAAAUGUGUAGAUCAUUAUUGGCCAUCAGAUUAA